GGUCGCGGCUCAAGUUGGCGGCAGCCGUGCCCGGCACGCCUGGGGUGGGCAGCGCGGCCGCCCCCUCCGCAGCCCCAGCGACCGCCGCCGGGCCGCCCCCAAGAUGCUGUUUUGGCACACGCAGCCGGAGCACUAUAACCAGCACUCGACUGGCAGCUACCUGCGAGAUGUCCUUGCGCUGCCGAUUUUCAAGCAGGAAGAGCCGCAGCUGUCUCCUGAGAAUGAUGCCAAACUGCCACCCUUUCAGUACGUCCUCUGCACAGCCACAUCACCUGCUGUGAAACUGCAUGAAGAAACCCUGACCUACCUCAACCAAGGUCAGUCUUAUGAAAUCCGUCUACUUGAGAAUAGGAAAUUGGGAGAGUUUCAAGAUUUAAACACAAAAUAUGUAAAGAGCAUAAUUCGUGUAGUUUUCCACGACCGACGCCUGCAGUACACAGAGCACCAGCAGCUCGAGGGCUGGAGGUGGAGUCGGCCUGGGGACCGCAUCCUUGAUAUAGAUAUUCCGCUGUCAGUUGGUAUCUUGGAUCCCAGGGCUAGCCCAACCCAGUUGAACACUGUUGAAUUUCUCUGGGAUCCGUCAAAGAGAGCUUCAGCAUUCAUUCAGGUACAUUGCAUCAGCACAGAAUUUACUCCACGGAAACAUGGAGGAGAGAAGGGGGUGCCCUUCCGGGUGCAAAUCGACACCUUUAAGCAGAAUGAGAAUGGUGAAUACACAGAACACUUGCAUUCUGCAAGCUGCCAGAUCAAAGUGUUCAAGCCUAAAGGAGCAGACAGAAAACAGAAGACUGACAGAGAAAAAAUGGAAAAGAAGACCACCCAAGAGAAGGAGAAGUAUCAACCUUCCUAUGAGACAACUAUUCUCACAGAGUGCUCUCCCUGGCCAGAUGUGCCUUAUCAAAUGAACAAUGCUCCAUCUCCAAGCUACAACAGUUCUCCCAACAGCUUCAACCUCGGAGAUGGCAACAGUUCUCCAACUCACCAAAUGGAGCUCCUGCCUCCCAGCAAUGAUCAUCUCCUUCCUUCUGCUUCUAUUCAAGAUGCCCAGCAGUGGCUUCAUCGUAAUAGGUUCUCUCCAUUCUGUAGACUCUUCUCAAGUUUUUCGGGUGCUGACUUACUGAAGAUGUCCAAAGAAGAUUUUGUUCAAAUCUGUGGACCUGCUGAUGGAAUUCGACUCUUUAAUGCAAUUAAAGGAAGAAAUGUAAGACCCAAGAUGACAAUUUAUGUCUGUCAAGAACCAGAGCAAAACAGGUCCCAUCUCCACCAAAAAAGAGAAAAUGGAGAUGGCAGUCUUUGUGUAUAUCAUGCAAUCUUCUUAGAAGAAUUGACCACGCUGGAAUUAAUGGAGAAGAUUGCAAACUUGUACAGCAUUUCUCCACAGCAGAUAAAUCGGAUCUAUCGGCAGGGACCUACAGGGAUCCAUGUAUUGGUGAGCAAUGAGAUGGUGCAAAACUUCCAAGAUGAAUCUUGUUUUGUUAUCAGCACAUUAAAAGCUGAAAGCAAUGAUGGCUACCACGUCAUUUUAAAAUGACCAUGCUGCACAGAGAGACUUUGACAGCCUAAGAUUUUAGUGCCUCACUGAAAUUGCUACAACCUAGACUGGAAACAUGAAAAACCUUCUGGAUAAAUGCUCCUGUGAACUAAGAAUUACCAAACAGCUUAAGGAAAAACUUGCUUUUACAGAUAUACAUUUUUGGUGGUGUGUGAUUUUGGUUUUGCCUUUUUUUUUUUUUUUUUUAAGCUGGAGCUGAGAACAUCCUCAAAGCUUGUACAUGUUUCUUCUCCCUUCCUUCCUGUUCAGUCUUAAAAGUUGUAGAGGUUUCUGCUUAUUACUUAGAAACAUCUGCCUUGUACUAAAGGGAAAUGAAAGAUAAACAAAUCCCAAUUCUCUAGAACCCUCAUGGUUGAACAAAUUGAUUUACUUACUGUUCUGAGUGCUUUCUUGCUUUCAACACACACCCUGUUGCUGAUGGAUGUAGACUCCCUGGGGCUCCUCUUUUACUCCUUGAGGUGGAAGGCUUGGGGCUACAUCCAAAACCAGUUUGGGCAAUACAGAGGAUGGGUUUGGUGCACAAUCUUCACCCAAAGUGUCAGCUCUGGAAGCCCACACUUAGCUGAUCUCCACCUGCAGAUGUGCUCAAAGUCCAUAGACCUUGGUCUCUCCUGACAGACCUUCUGUAAUGCCAGUCCAACAGAAUAAUUUUUGGGGGGUUCAAAGGAGGACAGACAACCUGAGCCAAGCAGUUCAGUAGCAUACCUCUAUCUUAAAAUAGUCUCCCUGAAUGGAGUAUAUGAAGGUUUUCUGAGGAAAUGCUUUGAACGUUGAAAGUUGUAGCGCUCAUGGCAAAUUCAUACUGUGGAUUUAUUCUACUCUACAAGGUAGUGGUUUGCUGCUGUCUUUACUGCAACUGGGAAUUACGUUUUAUAAUCUUAGAGAAUUUUCUUCCUAUUACUAAAGUAAAACAAAGAGUUUUGAUCAAGUUCCAGUAACAAGAUCAUCUGAGUUGCUGCUUCUUCUAUUCUUCCUCUUUCACUCUUGACUCCUGUUUCCAGUAUCUGUAACUAUGGUCAACUCCAUCCUUCCUUGGCCUUUUGGGAUGCUAUCCAGGCUCCAUUAAGUUAAAAAAUUUGCUCCCACUGAUGUCAAAGGCAAACUGGAUCAUACCUUUCUUGCAUGAAUGAAGCCAAUUCAUUUUUGAUAGCUAAGUAAUAAGGCUAUUUCCCAAACUGAAUGUCUAUAUAGCAUCAAAAUCUGAUUCUUGACUUUUUAAUUUCAUCCUGAAUCGACAUGGAAAGCUGAAAUACCAAACAUUUUCCUGGAAUGGAAAUUUUUCAAAAAAUGAGAAAUUGUCCGCUGGAAAACACUGAAUAAAAUGUUCCAGCCUUUUGAAAUGGAAACAUUUAAUUAAAUCCAUUUGGCCCUUAAAGCAGCAUCAGUUUGAGCUACUGUUGCAGACCUCAGAAAUUAUCAUUCAAGUGCCUUGCGCGCUCUGUCCCCCGUGGGGCUGAGCUCUUUGGCUGAAUUACAGAUCCCAUGAUGCUCUUACCAUGGGUUAGUCAAACAGGGAAUGCGUCAUGAAGGCUGGAGAGGUGCCAAGGGAAAGAGGGGGCCAUGGAACCCUUGAAUUAUAGCUCCCAACUGACACUAAAGGAAUUCAAACAGACAUGGACUGAUAUUUUUCUGACAAAAAUUAUGUGUUUCAAGUUUUCCCAACAGAAAUAAACAGCAAAAUAUUGAGAAAAGCAACCUUUUUUUUAUUAAAAGCAACAAGUUUUGCGCAAAAACCCCACCCAUCCCCACUCUUUUUUUUCCUUUUUCUUUUUUUUUUCACGAAAAUAAUACUAGAAUAGAAAAGUCGUGUUACAAUGGGAAAACCUUCAGCCAACUCAGCUAAUUGAGUAACAGUGCCUACUUAGGCACGAUCUUGCUCAACUGGCUGUCCUGGAUGCUCCAUGAAUUGUAGUGUUUCUCCAAAAACUAUGCCUAGGCUUUGGGACAUGGUGAUUCCUCCCUCUGAAGUAAAGGAAUUGAAGCUUCUUGGUUGAGGACCAGGUUGCAUAGGUGAGGAGGAGCUCCUUGGCUGUGGGCACUGGGCCUUCCAGGUGGCAGCCCCACAGUUACAGCUGCCUUCCAAAACAGUGAAUAAAUUCCAGAUGUCUCUGUGAGUAGACAGGAUCAAUGUGCCCCUGUGUACCAGGAGCUGUUUGGUUUAUGUUGUAGAAAGUGCUUUUGAAGAUGUAUGUUUGCUGUGCUUUUUCAUCCUAUUCUGUGAUACUGGCCCAGGGCAGGGUAUGGCUUUUAUUGGCAUGUGACUCAGGUGAACCUGACCUCAUGAGAAGGGUUUAAAACACACCUUGAAGUAGCCAGGAGUGCAGUCUGUAUCGUAUCCACUCAGAUGUGGUAGCCCUGUAGUUGAGGGAACACAGCAAUGCUGAAACACAGCAGAGUGAAGAAAGAUAGAGGUAGCUUUGCUCCCGGAGUUAGAAACUGAGGUCUCUUUGCUUAUUUUAAAAAAGUCUGACUUCUUGAUUCUCUAAGAAACAACUCUUUCCCCUAGGGAAUUAUAUGCAAAAGCCCUCACAGUGUUUCAUUAACACUUGCUUGAUCAAUUUUGAACAAAAAUAAGUCUGUUAGGGCCUUGCUGUAUUUAGAUGUUUUAAAAUAAAAUAAUUUUAUACUGA